UAUAAUUGAUGAUCAUCAUGAAUAGUAGGUUAAGUUAAUCAAUAUUUUUGUUUCUCUUGUUUCUUAUUCAUUAAUUUGUUUUAACACGAACAUGAAACUUGGGGAGAAAUGAAUUAAAUUGAUUAGUUUACUGUUGAUGAUUAAAGUAAAACUCGUUGAUUGUUAUUCAAUAAAAUCUACAAUCAAAAUGGUUAAUUGUUGGGAAUAGUGAUCACUAGAGGUCGGUUUGUGAUUCUGGUUAUUCUGGUUUCUUUGGUUACCUGGAUUAUUUUGUUGAUGGAACAAAAUUUCAUUCGAUUUUUUUGUUCUCUUCUUUUUGUUCAUCUAAUCGUUUAUUUCACUUUGAUAUUUAAAUUGUUGUUCAGUUAAUGUUUUCAACUGUUCAAUCAACAUCAGACUCUUUAAAUAAUAUGUGCUCAUACUAUUGAUUGUUAAACAACAACAAUUAAAGGUUAACAUUAAUCACUUUCGAGUUUAAUUCUGUGACAAAAAUCAGUCAACCAAAGUGCUUAUUAUUUAUUUCAAUAUUUUCUCUCUCUCUCUCUCUCUUGAUUGUUGUCUCUCAUUCCGUUCUGGUCAACUAAUUGGUUUUCUUUACAAUUCCAAGUUAAAUUCAAGUUUAAACAAUGCUAAUUUCUCAUCAUCAUCUAGUUGAUUGUCAGAAUCUUGUAAUUAUCUGUGACCAUUAAAUCCAAGGCUAUAAAUUGUCAACAGUGUUUGUAUUUAUCUCUCUCUCUCUCUCUUUCUUUCUUUCUUUGUGGUAAAACUUGAACUGCCCCACCCUGUAAUCUAAUGGCCAGUGUCUCUCGCUGUAAAGCAAUUGUACUUGGUGAUAAAGCGGUUGGGAAAACAUCAAUUCUUAAUUGUUUACUUGGUUAUCCGGUUCCGUUUAGUAAACGUUACAAUACAACCAAAGGUGUAAACAUUGUCUCGAAGUCGAUUAAGUUAAUUGAGCCUCGAGAAGAUUGUUGCUUGGUUGAUAUUUAUUUUUACGAUUUUUCCGGUCGUUCGGUUUAUACUGAUCUUGUCCGUUCACUUUGGGCCAAUAAUGUUUCACUGGUCAUCGGUGUUUUCGAUGUGACCAGAGAGGAAUCAUUUUAUCACUUACAAACCGUUCUUUCAGAUUAUAUGAAACAAUUUGGUAAACAACUUAAUGAGAACAACAAUCAAUCAACAACCUCAACUACCAAUACAACAACAACUAAUUCAUUUGCCCCCUUGUGUGUGGUUGGUGUUAUUUUAGGUAAUAAAGUUGACCUUACAGAGCAACGGUCAGUAGAUGAAGAGGAAUCUUCUCAAUGGGCUAAACAUAUACGAAUGAGAUACUUUGAUGUAAGUGCUAAAGAUAAUAUUGGAAUCGAGGAAUCGUUUAAUCAUCUAGUUAGAUCUUGGUCUGAUUCUAAUCGUACAAAUUAAAAAGGUUAAUCAACCAACCAUAGGAAUAAAUCAUAAUCAUUAACCUUAUCAUCAUAUUCAUCAUCAUAAUCAUAACCCUCAAUGUCCAAAUACAAUGUAUUCAUCAUUAAUACCUGGCACUGUCUCUCUUUUUAUAUUAUUUAUUCACCAUUCAUUUAGUAUGAAAAUUAUUAUAAUCAAUUCAUUCAUGUACAUUGAAUAAUUUAUAUAUAAAACGAUUAUUAUAAUUAACUGCUGAUCAUCAUUAGUGUUGAUUCAACCUUGACCUUUA